CCGAGCAGAGAGCAGGCAGACACACAAUACAGCCCCCGGAUCACGAGGAGGAGAGGAAACACCUCACCCCCUGUGCGAUUUCUCCCCUCCUCUCUUUUUGCACCUUUCUUUCGUUUUUUACGCACUUUCCAACCUUAUUUUUUUUUUUUUACCGUCACCAGAAACUCGAUAAAAAUGCUCCUUUUGUUUUGAGCGCUCUGACAACACACACACACACACACACACACACACACACACACACUAACACGCAUCCGGCCGCGCGCCCUGCUCUCCUCCUCCGGCAGCCUGGUGUUCGUGCGUCUUCUCGCAUCUUUGCGUUAUUUCGCGGUAAUGUUUCGUUACGAGGACGCAGGCUGGUAGUAUCUUGGGAGCUUUUCUUUACAGGAACCAGCUCUGGAGAAGAUAAACCAGGAUGGUAACACACUGUUGGUAACCAGCCUCCGUUCCACAAAGGCCGCUGUAACCUCACACUCUCCUACCAAACAUCGACUACUGUUCCUCCGCCAUGUCUAACAUAAACAAUGCACUUUGCAUUGAAAACAUACAGAACUCAGAAGUGUCUCUCUUACAAAAGGAUAAUCUCCAGGAUGGUGGAUUAAGCCAGCUUUUGGAUUAUAACGCAGAAAUGGAAAGGUACAGGUCUUUUGCGAACUUUUAUAAAACCAAUGGGGCAUUUCCACAGACUGCCAAGAUUGCCCGCAUCACAACGCCCAUUUUUCCCAGUGCGAGAAUUGGCAUGUCCCCGUGGAACUGCGAUAACGCCAUGCUCUGGGGAAGGAAAUCAGCGGCAAUAAACCCUAAUAGGACCAGCAUGCAUAGAAAUGACUCCCAGAGGCCGGGGAAGCCUGGCGUGCCGCCAGAGACGCUGCAAAUGGCAAAUAAUAAUUUCCUCUCUACCUUAUCCCCCGAACACUGCAGACCUUUAGCAGGAGAAUGCAUGAACAAGCUGAAAUGCGGCGCUGCUGAAGCAGAGAUAAUGAAUCUCCCAGAACGCGUUGGAACUUUUUCCGCUAUCCCGGCUUUAGGGGGCAUCUCAUUACCUCCUGGGGUCAUCGUCAUGACAGCCCUUCACUCCCCCGCAGCCUCAGCAGCCGUUACAGACAGUGCGUUUCAAAUUGCCAAUCUGGCAGACUGCCCACAGAAUAAUUCCUCGGUAUCCAGUGGAAACCCGGCGAAGAAGAAAAGGAAAAGGUGUGGGGUCUGUGCACCCUGCAGGCGGCUAAUCAACUGUGGUGUCUGCAGCAGUUGUCGGAACCGCAAAACGGGCCACCAGAUCUGCAAAUUUAGGAAAUGCGAGGAGCUGAAGAAGAAGCCAGGCUCGUCGCUGGAGAGGACGCCGGUCAACACUGGAGAAGCUUUUCGGUGGUUCUUUUAGAGAUAUGAGCCAUGGCCGCCCCAUCCAGCAGCAGAAGCGGGAGGGCAGGUGGGACUCUUGACUCUCUGCAAAAAGAACACUAUGGGUACACUGAGCCCACCCACAAGACGCCCCAAAAACAUGGACAAGAGAAGAAAAGUGGACGGACAAAAAGAGAAAUGGAAACAUAAUGGUGUUGUUUAAACUCUGUAAUUUCUUUUUCUGUGUAAUUAUUGUACCUUUUGACAGUAUCAUAAUGUAUAUUUUUGGUGUCUAUGAAUGUGUUUUCAGUGUCGUGGCUGUAGGUUCACAGCCGAUCCAAUGUAAAGAGCUCCAACAGACAAUCAUACAAUCACAGAGAAUCUGUCAAACAGAAGAGGCCACAAGGAUUGACAACAUAACGAAAACAACACGCUUUACUCUGGAGCAAUAAUCUAUUCUGUUGAUUAUUCUUCAUCCUUUAUGUUCUGUUCACUCUCAUAUUAUUUGUUCAGACUGAAUCAUCCUCUGGUUUUCUCUUUUUAUUUCUUUGUAAACCGCGUUUUGAGAUGCCAAGCUUUCUUAAGAUCUUUGCGGACCAUGACGUGAAAGACGGCGGCCAUGUUUCUUUGACAGACAUGUUGACGUGUUUCUUCUAAUGAGUUGACUCACUGCAAAACAGGGCACAUUGUCUUGUGUGGCGAGUAGCCCCUCUUUUUAAAAAAAAACAAAAAAACAACUGGGCGUCAUUUCAUUGUGACAGCAGCAGAAUUUAAGAGUCAGAUUCUGCCUGGAGGUCAUAUCCUCAAAGGCAUUUCAAUUUUGUGUUUUGAAAAACCAAACUUCUUCAGUCUUCAAAUCCUUGUUUGUUUUUCUUUAAGUUUAAAUGACUAAAGGUUGUAACUGUCUUAAAGGUAGAGAGUAAUGCCAGUAAAGGAGUUGUAUACUAUGUUGAAAACAUUCAAAUUAAGGAGUAAAUACAGUAAACUCAACAUAUUUGACAUAUCAGAUGUUGUUCUGGAGCUGCGGGAUACUUUGGACUUGGAACAACGGUCCUUCCUCCUGAAAAGUAACACAUUCCAAAUCAAAUUAUUCAAUAAGUUACUCAUUGUCUUAAACCCUAUUGUUGCAUGUGUAAAUGUGUUUUGGUUUUAAAGAUUACUAAGAAUUUGUAUAUUGUUGUUGUGAUGCUUUUAUGUGUUCAAAUA